AUGUCUAGAUAUGAUACACUGAAGACAGACCGCGGAGGUUGCACUUCAGAAGUGGCUGUUGAUUAUGUGCUUGAUAUUAUCGCCGAGGUAUCUUUUUGUAUUUUUCUGCCGGGGAUGGGCCAGAUUAGGAAGGGCGGUACGAGGGUGGGACUUGGCGUUGGUGUUUUGGAACAUCAAAGGUGGGCAGGGUUUUCGCGGAGGUCGCUCCUCAGAUAUCUCCACAACUACAGAUCAGGGAUCUUCCAAAAUCGAGAAGAUUGGUGCAUAUGGCUAGGUCUCUUCACCUUACAAUUUGUAUGGCAAUUUGGCCCGGGGUUGUGGUGUGGUAGGGGGGAAUGGGGGAUAGUCCCACACAGGAGUUUCGAACGACGUCUGGUUCAUGUUUGGCUGGAUAACUCCACCACCACACGGGAACUCUUAAACACAAGUAUAGAUAUGAUAUCACAGUGGCUCUAA